AUGUCAUACGAAGAAUAUGCGGAGGCAGGGCCCUCAAGCCUUGCAACUAUACCAUACGACCCUGAUCAAGACCCUGAGGAACGACGCGACCUGCGCAAAAGGUAUCGCGACCUGAGGGCAGAGAUAGAAGAACGCCAGAACCAAGAUGGUGCAGCUGAGUUCAUGCUGCAGACCGUCAAGGUGGCCGACAAGCUCUUCGAGAUCGUGAAGGGCACAGGAGAGGCGACGCUCGACUCGGACCUCCUCGUCAAGGCGUCCGUCCAGUCUGCCAUGAUGGCGCGCGCGAUGAAGUCCGGUAGCGGCGCAUUCGACAUAGACGACUACAUCAGCAAGCUCGUCAUCUUUAUGGGCGGGCGUCACGAUGUUGAGGAAGUUGAAGACGAUGACAGAGACUCCUACGAUGACGACGGAGACGGCGCCCCUCUCGAAUGGGAGCGUAUUGGCUGGAAAGCCAUUGCAAAGAGCCACCGCGUGCCGGUCAUGGACUUCAUGCUGGGUCCGCUCUCUGUCGAGCAGAAGAAGCGGAAUGUGACUAAGCGAGCCCGGCUCGAGAAGCACAAGGAAGACCAGAGAAAGCCACAGGAGAUUACGGAGGACGAUAUCACGCGCUCAGGAAACGAGACAACCAAGAACGUGGCGGCACUUGAGAGAAUUCUCGAGACCAUAGGCAAGGUCAACCUAUUCAAGUUCAUCGUCAACCCGAACGACUUCGCACAGUCGGUUGAGAAUCUGUUUCACCUCUCAUUCCUGAUACGCGACGGCAAGUGCGCGCUGGAAAUCGAGAAUGGCGAGCCUAUAAUCUUCCGUCCGUUAGACGCAUACAUGCCAGUUAUUUGCGAAGCGCCGUCCGCAGAUGACUAUACCGAAGGCCUGAGAAAGCACCAGAUGGUCAUGGAGCUCGACAUGGCCACUUGGAAGCGAGCUAUCGAGGUGUUUGACAUUCGGACCUCGACUAUCCCUCAGCGCCCCAAGGCCGAGACGCGUAUAGGCAACAAGUGGUACGGCUAG